AUGCCUAGAGAUCCAUUGAUUGGUAUUGUUGGGAAACCAUCAUCCGGUAAGUCUACUACUUUGAAUUCGUUAACUGAUGCAGUAGCAGCAGUUGGUGCUUUUCCGUUCACAACAAUUGAGCCUAAUCGAGCAACUGGUUAUCUUCAGGUAGAUUGUGCUUGUUCAAGAGUUGGCAAGCAAGAUUUGUGUAAACCAAACUAUGGUUGGUGUACUAAUGGUAAGCGUCAUAUCCCUAUCAUGCUUCUGGAUGUUGCUGGUUUAGUGCCAGGUGCUCAUUCUGGUAGAGGUUUGGGUAACAAGUUCUUGGAUGACUUGAGACAUGCCGAUGCCCUGAUUCAUGUUGUCGAUGUUAGUGGUACUACCGAUGCAGAAGGUAAAAAUACUAGAGGUUACGAUCCUAUCAAUGAUAUUGAGUGGCUACAAGAUGAAAUCAGACUUUGGAUUGAAGGUAACUUGAAGAAAAGAUGGGGUUCCAUUGUUCGUAGACACACCGCCACGAAAUCAUCGAUUGUUGACACAUUACAGGGCCAAUUUGGUGGUUAUGGUUCUCAUGCUCCAAUGAUCCAAAGAGCACUUGACAGAAUCAGCAGCCUUCCGCCGUUGGAGGCAUGGGAUAAUGCAUGGAUCACAGAGGUGGUCAAAUCAUUCAUGAUGGAGAAGUUCCCAACAGUUUUGGGUUUGAAUAAGAUUGAUCAUCCUGACGCUGAUAAAAACGUUUCUAAAAUCAUGUUAAAAUAUCCAGACACUAAGGCGGUCCUAACCAGUGCAAUCACAGAGGUCUUUUUGAGGAAGUUGAAGAAACAAGGCUUCAUCCAUUAUGAGGAAGGUACAGAGUUUGUGGAUACUUAUGAAGAUGAUCCAGAUAACUUAAAAGAAUUGGAUGAGAAAUUAUUGAACAGAAUUGAAAACAUUAGAGAUUUAGUGCUUUACAGAUUUGGCUCAACAGGUGUUGUGCAAGUUCUACAAGCUGCCACAGACAUCCUUGGUUUAAUACCGGUAUACACUGUAAGAAAUAUUCAAACAUAUACUGGUGGUAACGGUACCAACGUUUUCAGGGAUUGUUUCUUGGUUAAGAAGGGUACAACAGUUGGAAAAGUUAGUAGAUUCAUUAUGGGUACAGAAGUAACAAUUGCAGCCAUUGAAACUGUUGGAGGUGUAAGAGUCAGUGAAGAUAGCAUUGUAGAGCCUGGUAAGAAUGAUAUUUUAAGUUUCAAACUAGCUCCGAAAAGCAAUGUAUGA